GUUUGAGUACUACAUCGAAGACAACCGAAACGAAAGUACUGCGUCAGUCGUAUCCGUAGAUUUUACGGUCUCUGUGCAUGUUUUCAUUUUAAACGUGCCGGUAUAUCAGUUUAUUUCGAAUACUGCACAAUAACCAAGCUAAAUGUUCGUCCAAAACGCCACCCUGCAGUUUUUGCACGGCGUUGUUUUUUUUUCUUGAAAUUGAAAGUGAAAGUGAACCGAUACUUGGUGCUCGAUAAACAAGUCGACCACGUCUUACCUCAACAAUCAUGUGUUUGCUCAAGUUAUUAACUUUAUUCUUAUUUCUGUGUGUGGGUACCCAUGCUAAUCCUCUUACAUGGCUGCCCUGCCUUUUCAGUGACUAUAUUGUGCAGGUCAAUAACGAGGGUGCGCGUGACGUACAGCUCCUGAAAAGAUCCAGCAUUCUGCAGUUUGGUGAGCUAGGAGACAGUCCUGUGAACCCUCAUGCCAUCACUUUCCUUGUCAUUGUCUCCAAACUGGACCUGCGGUACUAUUUGAAGGACAUGGAAGCAGAUCUUGUGGAUUGCCACAUUCAUAGAUCCAACACCAACGGUGUAGAUGUGAACUGGCCGGACCAGACAUCUCAUGAGUACAUCUGUUGGUUCACCAUCACCCUGACACACACCAAAGGCUUGUUCACUGUCUCUGGAGUCCUCAGAUAUCCAUGUGAGACCCCUCCCUCUGAACAACAGGAUCUCACCAAUUGGCCUGCUAUUGAGGACAGACAGACCCUCAUUACUAAAGUGGCAGUGAUCAUGAAAACACAAACUCCAACGGUGACAAUAGGCCUGGGUUUCCAGAAAAAGCUCCACUGCAAAUUUGCUGUCGCUCACAAGAGACCAAACAUGAGCGUGCAGUGGUACCAGCAGUACCAUGGCGAGCAACGCAAUCUCUUCCGUCAUGACAGCCACUCUGGGGAAAGUGAGGGGAAGGGAGUUGACCUGAGGAAGCUAGCGGGUGGUGACCUUUCUUACACUUUCCCCUUCACUGAAGUCAAACACACAGGCACAUAUGUGUGCUCCGUGUCAGUGUUUCCCUUGUCUUCCAGCCUUGAAAUAAGUCUCCAAAUUCAAGAGUCUCCCCAGGUGUCCCUCAGUGUUGGUCCCACGCUGACAUUGCAAGAUGGUGAGCUGAAGAAGGUUGUUUGCGCGGCAGACAACUACUACCCGCUGGAUGUGGACAUUGCCUGGUACGAGCAGGACCCGGCAUCUUCGGGCCAGAGGGUCGGCGUUCCUCUCCCGAAGGCGCUCGACAAUGUCCUGCUCUCCAGUCACAAAAACAACAUGGACAAGACCUACUCGCUGUCGGGUUUCUUCUACCUCCAGGCUUCGCACACACGCUCAGGGAAUCAGUUUACAUGCACAGUCUCCCAUCAGUCCCUGCGAAUGCCCAUUAAAAAACGUUUCGUUCUUAUCGUUGAAGAACCUACCAGCUGGUUCUUCGUGCUCCCUGUUUGCAGCGUUUUGGUCAUACUGCUGUCUGUCCUGUAUUUUAUGCUAAGACACCUCCACCAAGCUCGAAAAUACUCAUUGCGGAAAAAGCCAUACUGAUUGUACGUCAUGACAGAGAAGAACAUGCAGAAGCAGGCAAAGCAUUUCCCCGUCAUUCAAGCAAUGGCGUUUUGAAAAUGAAUUUUUCAUUGGGAGAUUAACGCGACAAAAAAAGGAAAAGCAGUUCAUCUUUUCGUUUCGAGCACCAACUAACACUAACAUACACAGAUUUGUUUUUUUUUUAUUGUUGAAUUUACUCAGUUUUAUUUCGUCCAGUUUUUGCAGGACAUAAAAUCCUCUGAAUUCAAAUACAUUUUUUAAGUAGACAAUGCAUCUACUUGGGAAAAAAAACAUGUAACCAUUUUUUGCAGUAUACAGAAGCCCCACGUGUUCAUCAAAAGAAAAAACAGCUUGUAUUUCUAAAAAGCAUAUUUAAUAAUGUUAUAUUGUUAUAAUAUUAAUGUUAUUAUGCAGUUUGAAAAUUAAGACUGCACCUAAAAUAGGAAGAUUAAAAAUUGUCUUUAAUAUUAAUGUAAUUCAAAUGUACUGCACAUAAAUGUUCAAUAGAAAAUGUGCCCAAAUUAAUGUUUGAACACAAACACUUGAAAGUUUUCAUUCAAAUGUUUUAACUUACAACAUUAAACGAAACUGAAGUCAUUAUUUUAUAUACCACUAGAGGGAGCCGCUGUACCACGAGUGGUACCACGUAUAUUUUUUAUCCCCCCUCAAAUUAGUUGUGUAAAAACUACUCAGCAGAUGUCGAAUUCAGUUCCUAGUGACGAGAAUUGAUUUAUCUCCGCUGUGGUCCUGAUUGCUCGUAAGGACGAGUUUUAUUUGUCACGAUCUUUUGCCUUUCCUCUGCAAAAUGCUUGUUGGUGUGUGCUAAUAUCAACGGAGCGUCUCAAUUGUUCCCCAAGGGAUAAUAUGUAGAACACCUUAACUUGGUUAAAUAAACACACCAAAAGGCUGCUUUAUGAGCUUCUUUACGAUCAAAUAAAUACACAUAAUCCUUUGGGUCCACUUGGUCUAGCUGGAUUUCUGUCUAAAACAUCUGUGUUAUCGCAACAUAAUCUGUCCUCAAUGAUCAUAUUUGUGUCUUCUCCAAGGAUCAUAAUAGAUAGCUUCACUCAUUAGAAUACUGACUGUCGCAGAAAUGGUGGGAAACACAAGGCUAUAUUAUGAAUAAAAGCUUCCACACAUGA